GACAGGCUAGAGAUAUUGGCGAGAUCGCAGCACUGAAGAGAGGAGACAGAACAGCACAGAGGGUUGCCUUGGCAGCUGACCAUGGCGGUGAAGCAGCAAGCCCCUUACCUGCACUUGGCUGAGCUCACAGCAUCCCAGUUCCUGGACAUCUGGAAACAUUACGAUUCUGAUGGAAAUGGCUACAUUGAAGGCAAGGAGCUAGAAAACUUCUUCCAAGAGCUGGAAAGUGCUAGGAGGGGUGCUGGAGUGGACUCUAAGAAUGGCAGUUUCGCAGAGAAGAUGAAGGAGUUCAUGCAGAAGUAUGACAAGAAUGCUGAUGGCAAAAUUGAAAUGGCAGAGCUGGCUCAAAUCCUGCCUACAGAGGAGAACUUCCUCUUGUGUUUCAGACAGCAUGUUGGAUCCAGCUCCGAAUUCAUGGAGGCCUGGCGGAAAUAUGACACUGAUCGCAGUGGGUAUAUAGAAGCCAAUGAACUCAAGGGGUUCCUUUCAGACCUCUUAAAGAAAGCGAACAGGCCCUAUGAUGAGCCCAAGCUGCAAGAAUAUACACAGACCAUCCUGCGGAUGUUUGAUCUGAAUGGGGACGGGAAGCUGGGCCUGUCGGAGAUGUCCCGACUCUUGCCUGUGCAGGAGAACUUCCUACUUAAAUUUCAGGGAAUGAAACUAGCCACUGAUGAAUUCAAUGCUAUUUUUGCAUUUUAUGACAAGGAUGGUAAUGGCUUCAUUGAUGAGAAUGAGCUGGAUGCACUUUUGAAAGACCUAUAUGAGAAGAACAAGAAGGAAAUGAACAUCCAGCACCUCACCAACUACAGAAAAAGCAUCAUGAACCUCUCUGAUGGGGGGAAGCUAUACCGCAAGGAACUGGAAAUUGUACUCUGCAAUGAGCCCCCCAUGUAAAGAGGCACCACAACUUCCUCCAAGACCUUCCCCACCCUGCUGCCUUCCACAAAGAUGACUAGAGAGGAGACGUGUGAGUGGAUGAGGAGGGAGAGCACCUGGAUGGGUCCCGGACUAGUCAACUCCAGUCCCCCACAGAUAGACGUGCUGAUCUGCUUGUAACCUAGGUCACGGAGUCUUUGCCCACAGUAGGGAGAGGGGCAGUGAUGCAUGAUCUUAUCCCCCCAGUGGCUCUGUGAUUUAGGCUAAGUGUUCCAUAGGGUAAUAGUCCAGUUCCCUACCUGGGUACAGCCUUUGUCUCGAGUUGGCAUAGUUUGUUUCCUGUACAUUCCUGAAUCUGGAGUGAAUAACUUUCUUGCCUUUUUGUUUGUUUUUUGUUCUUUUCAAGUUAUGUCUUACUGUUUACCAAAGAACAGUUUACAAAUAAACGUAAGUACU